UUUUCGUUUAGAUAUUUUACUGUAUAACUGCUCGGUCGCAAUUAUAUUUUGGUAUUUUUGCAAGCUAUCAGAACGAUGUCAGAAUAUGGGAAAAGCAGUAUCAAAAGCAUUACAUACACAAUCGAAUUACCAUGAUUCAAAUUAUCAAAGAUUUAUUCGCAUAUUUUCACUUCAAAUAAAGGAGCAGCCCAUUAAAAUUACGAUGAAACAAAUGUUUACCUUUAAUAAUGCCCUGCUUAAGUCGACCAUUGUCUUGAUAACAACGUAUGUGGCCAUUGUUAUUCAAUUUCAAAUUGCCGAUGAAAAUUCAUCGUUGAAUUUAGGCGCUCGUAAUUAAGAUCAUAUCACAUGACUAUUAUAUUGCGGUGGUUUUUGUUGUUGUUUUAACUGCAUAAAAUGUUUGAUUAUUAUGUCCAUUCGAUUGAACAAAUUUAAAAUGAUUAUUUUCGAAGCAAUUUUUUUUACAUACGUUUUGACCACAGCCGGCCAAAUUAAAUAGUUAUUAUCAUUUCAUUUCGAUCAAAUAGUUCGAUGAAUCGAAAUUAGAAAAUGACAAACACUAAUUUUCGACCUUAAUUGAUUCGAAAUGUAAAAUCUUCGGCAAGCUCUAGAAAUUGGAUUGAAAUUUCUAAACAGUUUCCAAACUAUUUUUGAACCGUUAAAAUGUAUCCAUCGUCAACUUCAUAUAAUCCACAAGCAUUUAAACUAUUUUGGAUACCAUUUGUACGCUUUUUCCAACUGUUAUGUGUGUCAAACUAUUCCGUCUUCUAUUCAACUCAACGUGUUGGUCGUUUGAUUUAUUUCCUUACCUUUAGUACACUGCGUAUUGCACUUUUGAUUUACACUCUUUUUAGUGGAUUGCACAUUCAAAUGAGACCAGACGGACAGCACAAAUACAGCCGUUUAAUGUUUUAUGUGAAUUUUGUGAGUUUACUUGGCAAUAUUUUAACUCAAGCAUGUGCUCACUUGGAGCCACUGUUUACACGAAAACACGAAGAGGAAAUUUAUCGAAAGCUGAAUGAAAUAAACCAAUGCUUUGCCACAAAAUUAAAUUAUGUCACAAAUUUUGAAAUUAUACGAAAAAAGUAUAUUUGGCAUACGAUGACGUUUUUCAUAAUCAGCUCCGGUGUGUCUUUUUCAUAUUCAUUUUACUCGCUGCCCGGAAAUGAUUUCGAUAAGUUUAUUUUUUUAUUGAAUCGAGCUUUGGCAGUUAUUAUUAUUCGGGUGAGAAGAUGCCAAUUGGCCUUCCACAUAAAUGGAUUGAACAACAUUUUAUUCGAUUUAAAUUUUUUACUAAAACGACAACAACAAAAUUAUCGUCGAAAUGUCAUCGGCUCAUCGUCACAUUCGAGUGAACAAAUUCGAUAUUUAAGGGAUAUUUAUUCAAAUAUAUGGAUCAUCAAGAAUCUUUUGAGCAGUUGUUUUGGAUGGACAUUGCUGACAUUUCUUGUGGAAUUUUCAUUGGAUUUGAUCAACUCUUCGUAUUGGGCUUACAUCAACAUCAAAAUAUACGAAUCAAGAAACAUGAUUAUUCAAAUUGUUUGCUUCAUCAUAUCAAUCACCGUAAAUUUUUGGUAUUUUUGCAUGAUCUCGGAACGAUGUCAAAAUACGGGUGCGUCUGUUUCAAAUGCCUUGCACACACCUUCAAAUUAUUUCGAUCGUGAUUAUCAAAGAUUCAUUCGGAUUUUUUCACUUCAAAUUCGAAAACAACCCAUCGAAAUUAAAAUGAAGCAGAUGUUUACAUUCAACCAUGCUCUUAUGAAAUCGACUAUUGUUUUAAUAACAACUUACGUUGCAAUUGUCAUUCAAUUUCAAAUAUCGGAAGAAAAUGUUCCGGCUCACUUAAAAACUAGCAAAUGAUCAUGG